GCGAGAUUUAGCGGCCCCACACUACAGAUAUAGCUUAUGGUCCUAGCAACCGGUCGUAAAGUAACUUAACGUAUAGAAGCGCUUUGUCUGUGAUAAAGGACAUUGUGUAUAUUUAAAUAUGUAAGGUCGAACACGACACUAUUGUCGCUAUCACCCGAGAAAUCUGCAUCAUUUAAGAGAGACCAUAGAAUGCCGCAGUUAGCAUAGCUACAUAGCUUCGCCUGGGACAACGUGAAGAGCAUCUCUACUGAGCGACGUCAUCUAAUCCAGAGUUACAGUUUGGUUCACGAUGAAGUGUCACUAUGAAAUAUUGGAUGUGAAACGAGACGCAGGAGACGGUGACUUGAAGAAAGCGUAUCGUAAAUUAGCAUUGAAAUGGCACCCCGAUAAAAACUUGGACAAUGCGGAUGAUGCGGCGGAGCAUUUUAAGCUGAUUCAAGCAGCUUAUGAUGUCCUGAGUGAUCCGCAGGAGAGAGCCUGGUAUGACAACCACAGGGAUGCUCUGCUGAAAGGAGGAAUCAGUGGAGAUUAUGAAGAUGACAGCGUUGACCUGCUGCAGUACUUCACAGUCACCUGCUACUCUGGCUUCGGCGAUGACGAGAAGGGCUUUUACAUGGUCUACAGGAAUCUCUUUGAGUCCAUUGUUAAGGAGGAGAUGGAGCAGGGCAAGGUGGAUGAAGAGGAAGAAGAGGAGGAGUUUCCUCCCUUUGGAGACUCUCAGAGUGACUACGACAGCGUAGUGCACGUGUUUUACGGCUACUGGCAGAGCUUCUGCACUCGCAAAAACUUUGCCUGGAAGGAGGAGUACGACACGAGGCAGGCCUCCAACCGCUGGGAGAAGAGGGCCAUGGAGAAGGAGAACAAGAAGACCAGAGACAAGGCUCGCAAAGAGCGCAACGAGCUUGUGCGUCAACUCGUGGCUUUUGUUCGCAAGCGCGACCGCCGCGUGCAGGCCCACCGGAAGCUGGUGGAGGAGCAGAACGCUGAGAAGAUCAAGAAGGUGGAGGAGCUGCGGCGGAAGCAGAAGCUCAGCCAGGCCAAACUGGCAGAGGAGUACAAGGAGCAGAAAUGGGCGGCCAUGUCUGAACUUGAGAAGGAGCUGCAGCAGAUAGAGGCUCAGUAUGGAGAGGAGUUUGGAGACGCAUCGGAGAGUGAGGAAGACGACCUGGACGUGGACACACGGGAGAAGAACGGCGAAGAGGGAGGAGAAGCAGAUCAGCCCGACGGAGACAAACUGACAAUUGAUGAUUAUUAUGAUGGUCUGUACUGCCCGGCCUGUGACAAAUCCUUCAAAUCCGAUAAAGCAAUGAAAAACCAUGAAAAAUCCAAAAAGCACCGGGAGCUGGUGGCAUUGCUACGAAAACAGCUGGAGGAAGAGGAGGAUUCAUUUGGUCUCAACUUGAACGGGAAGGAGGGGAUAGAGGAGGACGAGGAGGAAGAGGAUGAGGAAGACAAGCCAAGGCAAAAGCUGUCCAAAAAGCAAAAGAGAAAAAAUAAACUGCAGAAAGUAGUACAGCAGAGUGCUCCUGAGGUCGAGGAGGAGGAGGAGGAGGAGGAGGAAGAGGAAGAAGAAGAAGUGGAAGUGGAGGAAGUGGAGAAACCAACACCAACCACCUGCGAGGACGAAGCCCCCGAGAAGUCGGAGAACACAACAGAGCCUGAGAAGCAGGACGAUCCCCCUCCUGCAGAAGUCAAGAACUCUGGGAAGACGAAAGGAAAAAAGGGAGGAGGAAAAGACAAACCGAAGAGUGUCAAGUCAAACGCAGGAGGAGAACCGACUCUUGAGACUGAAGGGAGCCUCUGCUGUGUGACCUGCAACAACGAGUUCUCCACAAGAAACAAGUUGUUUGACCAUCUGAAGGCCAGCGGCCACGCCAUCGCUGUCUCCUCAAACGCUCCCCACAGCUCCGUGAGCAAGAGCAAAAAAGACAAGAAGAAGAACAGAUAACACAUCUGGAUCCGGGCAAAGGGUGUGACUCAGCAGGGACACAGGAAACUCUGUGAAGGGAAAUAAACUAAAAGAAGCCUUUGAAAGUGGACUUUUAAUGGACUGGCUGGCUGACUCCCAGGGAAUAGCUUUUUGUGUUUUCAAAUUACCCAAUAAUCCUGUCGAGUGAGACAGUUAUGUAUGUGUGAGUAUAUUUCACAGUAACAUGUCUCUGAAAGAACAUACAGGAUGUGCAUAGGAUACAUCCUGUUAUCAGAUCCUUUACUGGUUUGGAGAGCUCUGUAGUGGUAUUACUGCAUCAUGAAAAUAAAGGUGAUACUGCACAUUGGUAUUUAUACGACAACUCUGGAAUGAUUUACAUGAAUACCUCUAGUAACCAUUUCUAACAAUAAACUACCGUAUAUGUUCUAUUUGUGACACAUAAAAACAAAAUGACAUGUUUAAGCAACUAUUUCAAAGCACAAGAGAUCAUCAUUACAUUCAGAUAUAAAGCCUGCAGAACAAUCAUGACAAUGACAGUGGAUCUAAUCCGAGCGAAAAGCCGGACUGACUUAUAACAUGCAGAUCAUGUUAAAGUUCCUGUUUACAAAGUUAAUAACACUGUUUGCCACAACAGGACAAACCUAAUUAACCAUUCAAUUAACAUUUGAAAGAUUUACAGAAGUGCAGUCUGCUGCUGAGUGCGAGUGUUUCCAGUGUUUAGUCCUUGGCAUUGAGUUACUCCUCUGACCCGUUCAUUUUCUGUCCAUGUAGCCGUGGACGGCCUUGUUAAAAACUGCCAGGAAGAAAUCGACAUCCUCCUUUGUGAUGCACAUGGGGGGUUGGAUGCGGAAGGUCUGAAGUGGUGAGAAAAACAAGACAAAGAGAGCAGAUUAACCAGGGCAGCUGCUUUAUUCUGUGUCGCACAGUAAACGCAGACAUUUCUGGCACAUUAUGAUCAGAGGUAGAGCUAGGAGUAUUCAUGUGCUGGUUAAGGAUUACAAUUAAGAAUUGGCUCAUAAUAGUAGUUAUAUAAUGUUUAUGAUGUAUGGAAAAGGGAGAGUGCUGUUACCUGUCCAUAGAGUCCUCCUUUCCCUAUCAGGACUCCCAUGUCCUUUACGUCCUCAAAGAUCUCACUCAUUGCCUCAGGAGGCA